AUGUAUGUAUCUUUUUUAGUUCCUUCUGAAGAAAGUUACAGAAAUGAUUUAAUAUUUGCUGGAGAAUUAAAAGAAAAUGAAAAUAAACUUUUAUAUUUUGUUUCAUAUGAAAAUCAUAAUAUAAAUAUUUAUUUAUUAUUAAAAAUAAAAAAUAACAAAGAGAUUAAAUGUCAAAAUAUUCCUGUAAUUUUGCCUGAAAAUUAUUUUCAAGGAUUUCAACCAACACAUUCAAUAUUAUUUUCUAAUAAAUUAAUUUAUGUACAAGGAGGGAUUUUAUGUUGUGGAUUUCGUUGGGAACCAAAUUGGCUAUUAAAAUUGUCUUUGGAAGAAGGGAAAAUGUCUGAAUUAAUUAAAGUAAAAAAUUUUUAUAAAGUAAAAAUUUAA